ACGAUCCGGGCAAAAACGGAGAAUCUUCCCUUCCCUUUCCCCUAGAUGGCGAUAUCCUUCCCCGCUGAAUUGCUCGAACUUUUCGUCAUCGAGGCUAGUAUCCCCACGCGAAAAGCCCUAAGAUCAACAUGUAAGGCCCUCAGAUCGAUCGCAACGCCCUUCGUAUUUGAGAACCUCUUCGUCGACACGCGAAACAAGAAACGGCCCUUCAAAUUCCUGAAGUAUCUGUCCUCAGAAAAAGGAUUUGCAAAAUACGUUCUGCACUUGCACCUAGUCUCUCUGACGUUCCAGGGAAAGAGUAUGCUUGGGUUGCGUAAGGAGAAAGACUGCGAAAAGCUUCUGGUAGCUGCGAUACCAUAUAUGACAUCGCUGAAAAGUAUCUCCUGCUCUGCCUCGGAUAAGCGUAUCGUAACCAAUGCCAGCUUGUGGUCCUCCCUCAACCACAUAACUGCUUUUUCCAUCACGAACUGGGAUGGGAACCAGCCUAUGUCAAUCUCCGGCUUACACCUCCCCCAUCUUACAAGCCUCAGCUAUUCGGGCACCGGCAGUCUCGACACCCACCUCACCACGCUAAACAUCCACUACUCCAAACAUCCUGACGACCGUCCCAACCCAUUUACCCCCAUGGUCUACGUUGUAUUCCACCGUUUUCGGUCCACCUGUCUCACUAGUCUUUCGCUUUCCGGAAACAUCUCCCUAGGCCUCCUCGAGGUAUACUUCCUCGUCCCCAUCCUCCGUCGCCUCCAGUCGCUCUCACUCAACUUGGACUCUGUGCCGCCCGAAUUCUGGAUGGAAUUGAGGCGACAGGGGGUGUUCAUCAAGGAUAGGUUCGCCUUGACAACGUGGGAAGCCGAUGAUUCUGUGUUUGAUUAUCUCUGCUCGUAUAUCGGACUACAGAAUUUGUUUUUGCGUAUCAAGGAUGGAGAGGAUGAUCUGAGGGCGAAGGGGGUUGUACGGAAACAUCGAACUACGUUACGCAGCGUAGAUAUUGCGAAACCGAGCUCGCUCGUGAGCUUUCAUAUCUGGGUGAGCGAAUUUGCUUGCCUUUCAUGUAUUCUUUGCCGAUUUUCGCAGAUUGGAAGAUUGCCAUUGUCAUGAGCACGAAACGUACUGACUGAGGACGAGACUCUAUAAUGAAUGAAAUUCGAAUGCAAACUCCCUUG